AUGGCCGCGGCUAAAGACGGAUGUGGCUUAGAAGCUGCUGCUGGAAACGGGCGGCGGCUCCACCUAGGGAUUCCUGACGCGGUGUUUGUGGAGGAUGUAGAUUCUUUCAUGAAGCAGCCUAGGAAUGAGAGUGCAGAUACAGUGUUAAAGAAGAGGGAUGAACAAUAUCAGAAGUAUAAGUUUAUGGAACUCAACCUUGCUCAAAAAAAAAAAAAAAAAAAAAAAAAAAGGAGGCUGAAAGGUCAGAUUCCUGAAAUUAAACAGACUUUGGAAAUUCUAAAAUACUUGCAGAAGAAAAAAGAGUCCACUAAUUCAAUGGAGACCAGAUUUUUACUGGCAGAUAACCUGUACUGCAAAGCUUCGGUUCCCCCUACUGAUAAAGUGUGCCUGUGGUUGGGGGCUAAUGUAAUGCUUGAAUAUGAUAUUGAUGAAGCUCAGGCAUUGUUGGAAAAGAAUUUAUCAACUCCCACAAAGAAUCUGGAUUCUCUUGAGGAAGACCUUGACUUUCUCUGAGAUCAAUUUACUACUACUGAAGUCAAUGUGGCUAGGGUUUAUAAUUGGGAUGUAAAAAGAAGAAACAAAGAUGAUUCUACCAAGAACAAAGCAUAACACCAGCAAUUGAAAAUGUGGUUCAGGUUUCCGUACAUGUUAAAUAAGCCAGUGUUCAUC